AUGGCACUACCGAAGAAUAUUCUAAUCGUGGGAGGAGGAGUUUUCGGGCUAUCCACGGCCUUGUCCCUCUCAUCCCGCCACCCAGCCUCCAAAGUAACCCUCCUCGAAUCCUCCCCCACAAUUCCCAACCCCGAAGGCUCCUCCGUCGACACCUCGCGCAUCGUCCGUGCCGACUACUCCAAUCCUGUGUACUCGAAACUCGGUGUCGCAGCCAUCGACCGCUGGCGCAACACCGAAUGGGGAGCUGACGGCCGCUACACGCAGAACGGACUUAUGCUAGUCUAUCCCAAUGGCCAGGGAAAUGGGCGGGACUAUGCGAUGAAGAGCUAUAAGAAUGUGAAAGAGUUGGAGGGGGAUAAGGUAGAGCUUCUGCCGAGUAAGAAGGAUGUGUUGCGGGCGGCGCCGGCGUAUUCGGAGGAGUUAGAUGUUGAGGGGGGGUAUGUGAAUUGGGGGUCUGGGUGGUCGGAUGCCGGGGCGACGGUUGCGUAUGCGAAGCAGCUUCUUGAUAAGGAAGGGAAGGUUGUGUUUAAGACGGGGGAAGUUGAGCGGUUGCUUUAUGAUGAGAAGGAGAAGGAUAAGGUCACUGGUGUCGUGCUGUCCGAUGACACUACCCUGACCGCAGACCUAGUCGUCCUCGCGACAGGCGCCUGGACAGCGAAACUCAUCGACCUGCGCGGCCGGACACUCUCCACCGGUCAGGCAUUGGCCUACAUGCAGAUCACGGACGAAGAGCAAGAACGCCUCUACAACAUGCCCACUGUCCUUAACUUCGCAACGGGCAUGUUCAUCAUCCCUCCACGGGACAACCUCCUCAAAAUCGCUCGCCACGGCUACGGCUACCACAACCCGGUGACCGUCUCUGUCCCAGGCCCCGACGGCAAGGGAACGAUGCAAGUCAGUAUUCCCGAAAAGGGCGUCCCCAUCCCUCUCGAGGGCGAGCAAGCCUUCCGGGAUGCAAUGAAGCAGUUCCUCCCUGACCUGGCGGAUCGACCAUUCGUCAAGACUCGCGUCUGCUGGUACACAGACACCCCCGAAGGCGACUUCAUCGUAACCCACCACCCAACUUCCAAAAACCUCUUCAUCGCCACCGGCGGCAGCGGCCACGCCUACAAAUUCUUCCCUGUGCUGGGCGACAAAGUCGUCGAUGCGAUGGAGGGCACGCUGGAACUCGAAUUGCGGGAUCUGUGGAAGUGGCCGGAAGCCAAGGAUGCGGAUGUGUUCGAGGGAACUGAGGAUGGGAGUCGGUCGGGGCAGAAGGGGCUUUUGCUGAUGGAGGAGUUGGCCAAGUCGAAGAGGGAGAGUAAGCUGUAA